AUCAUGAGCGCAUGCGCUGUGUCCUAUUAGAAUGGGCUAACUGUUAGCGUAGUAAAAAUUACGUGGCAGGAAUAUUUCAACAUGGAGGUAGCUGCAUUGGUUGCCCUGACUUUAUUAUUGGGUGGACUGGUUAUUCUAGUCGCUUUAGCGGUGGGGAGGCGGAAAGAAGAGAUAAAGGAGGAAUCGGAGCAGGCUGCGGAGAGUUCAGCUGAAGCCAGUGCUGCGAAGGGCCCAACGUCCAAGAAGCAGAAGCAAGAGAAGCAGCGGAGCCGCAAAGACAAACCAGUACAGCACAGCUUCAGCCAUCCGCUGCUGGCAGCUUCACUGAAGGGCCACAGUGGGAAUGUCACAUGCCUUGAUUUCAGCAGUAAUGGGAAAUACUUGGCGUCCUGCGCCGAUGACCGCACCGUCCGGAUCUGGAGCACCAAAGACUUCCUGGAGCGGGAACACAAGUGUCUCAGAGCUAACGUGGAGCUGGAUCACGCCACGCUGGUCCGCUUCAGCCCAGACUCCAGGGCGUUCAUCACCUGGCUCUCCAAUGGAGAUGCUAUUCGUAUCUUCAAAAUGAUCAAGAAGGAUGACGGGACCUUCAGCUUUAAGGCCGCCUCGGAGGAUUUCCCCCAGAAACACAAGGCCGCGAUCGUCAACAUUGGUAUCGCAGAGACGGGCAAGUUCAUCAUGAGUGCCUCCACAGACACCACCAUCCUUAUCUGGGACCUGAAAGGGGAGGUGCUGGCCUCCAUCAACACUAAUCAGAUGACCAAUUCUUAUGCAGCCACCUCCCCCUGUGGCAGGUUUGUAGCAUCCUGUGGCUUCACUCCUGAUGUGAAAGUUUGGGAGGUUUGCUUCGGAAAAGGAGGAGAGUUUAGAGAGGUCACCAGAGCGUUUGACCUGAAGGGCCAUUCUGCAGGAGUUCAUGCAUUUGCGUUUUCCAAUGACUCUCACAGAAUGGUGACGGUGUCUAAAGACGGAACAUGGAAGCUGUGGAACACAAAUGUGGAGUACAAAAAGCAGCAGGAUCCGUACCUCCUAAGGACAGUUCCCUGCUCCUCCUCCGACGGCAGCAGAGUGGCCUUGUCUCCGGACGGUCGCGUGGUUGCCAUCAGCGACGGCUGCAACGUGACGAUGUUCGACGCCACCACUGGGAAACUGGAGGAAGAGCUGCGUGGCGUCCAUAGCGAGGAGAUCACCGACAUCAGAUUCGACAUCAACAGUCGCUUCCUGGUGUGCAGCGGAGACAAGGCCAUCAGAGUGUUUCACAAUGCGCCGGGUUACCGGGCGGCCAUCAGGGACAUGCAGGACAUGCUGAAAAAGGCCCAGAAUGAGGCCAUGAAGCAGAGACUCCUGCAACAGAUCAGAGAGGCUCAGAGCGCUCUGGACACUGUGCUAGCUGCUCCCACUGAGUGAAGGAACGCACAAAGAGCCACGCUGGGAUGGUCAAGAUCGGCUCUCCUUUUUCUGUCAAGAAAAUAUUCAAAUCUGCAUGUCGUUUUAAUAAAAUUAUCUUUUUAUGGACGGAUUAAAGGUAAUGUGUUCAAA